AUGGAUGGGUUUCUGGCACCCGCGACGACCACGCUGCAGGAGGCCGCAGGCUCCAACAUGGCCGACUCACCGGCCCGCUCCAGGGCGACGGAGGGUGGCGAAACAACGCUGGCGGACAUAAGUGCUGAUCUGAAGGCACUUGCCACGAAUAUGGUCACCAAGGAAGACCUCCGCAGCCUCUCUGACACCCUCCAUGCCGCCAUCCGCACAGAGGUAACCGCGCUGCGGUCAGAAAUGACGGCGCAUGCUUGCAGGCUACAGCACUUAGAAUCUGCCACACAGUCCCACACAGCCCAAGCUGAAGCCUCUACCCUAGCCAUCUCCAGACAGGGGAACAUGCUGCUGGCCCUCAGACGCCACACGGAGGAUCUAGAUAACAGAGGCCGCAGGUCCAAUAUUAGGGUACGCGGCCUGCCAGAGCCAGAUGGCGAGGAAGACGUGGAGGCUACGCUGCGCGCAUUUUUCAGAGGUUUACUGGGCGCUGAAGCCCCAGCCACAAUAGAGUUUGACAGAGCGCAUAGAGCAAAUCGGUUGCGCACUAAUGAGAGGACGCCACGAGAUAUUAUAUGCUGCAUGCAUCAGUACAAAUUGAAGGAAAAGAUCAUGGCCAGAGCGAGAUCCAGAACCAACAUGGAGAUUCCAUGA